CUCCAUCUGUGUCCAGUGCGCGGAUUAGACGCUUAUUAUCCUCUUAGCUCUAAAUGGCCCCACGUUCCUUGCACUUGGUUGUGAGGCUCAUCUGUUGUCUAAGAGGCGAAUCGGAGCGUGGCACGACAUCGAUCAUGCGUAAAAAUGACCGUGGCCACCAUUCAUCGGUGUUUGCGAGGACGAAUUGACGGCGGGAUUUGUCGUCCAUCGUCUGUCAGAGCGCAUCUCCGGGGCUCGGUCACUAGGCUGCUCGUCCGUUCAUGACCCACCCCACUGAUCUUUUGCAGCCUGUAAUCUUAUCAGUGUCAAAGCGUAGCUGCCCUUUCCCCCACGGACAGAUCCCGUGCGUCUUUGGAGGGCGUUUGUCUCCAAAUUUGGAAGAGAGACGAGCUUUCAUCUGAGACAGCUUCCGCACCAGCUGAGCAUUUACUUAUCGAUAAAGUUGCGCUUUUGGAUGUGUCCUAAAAUGUGGAUUUGACCAAGUGAAACUAUGGAUCCUACAUGUAAAGAGAAGCGUCUGCUAUGUUUACUUUUCUUUGCUAUCUGCUCUGCCAGCGUUUGCUUUGGUGCCAGAAGAUCAAAUGCGCGGAGAUCUGCCAAGCUCUUGAAUCGUCUGAGUCCUCCAUUGGACAUCCAGCUGGAGACCCUCAAUUGCAGCGCCUUCAGUGUGCGAUGGAAAAUGCCCCGCAGACAUGUCAGCACGAUCACUGGAUACAAGGUCUUUUACACAGAGAUGAAAAAUGGCCGCCCAGUUAGUACGACAUCCAUCAUGGAGGUUCCGCUAAGUUUGGACAUGCUAACCACU